AUGUUAAGUUUUACGGAAGAUAAAAGUACCAAUGAAGAACAGAAAGUGGUGAAACCUAUAACGCCUGCUAAAUUGGAAGAGUUUAAAAAAGCUCAAGUCAAUACGGGAAUUAUUUAUUUAUCAUGUGUUCCACCAUUUAUGAAGCCCUCUAAGAUAAAACAUUUAUUAGGACAAUAUGGAAAUGUUGGAAGAGUUUACCUUGCACCCGAGGAUCCUAAAGCGAGAUUAAAAAGGAAAAAGUAUGGAGGUAAUAAAAAGAAGAAAUAUACUGAAGGAUGGGUUGAAUUUUUAGAUAAAAAGGUUGCGAAAUUGGUUGCGAAAACUUUGAAUGCUCAACCAAUAGGUGGAAAUAAACGGAAUUAUUAUCAUGAUGAUUUAUGGAAUAUUAAAUACCUCGCAAAAUUUAAAUGGAAUAAUUUAACAGAACAAAUUGUUGAAAUGGCUAAUUCAGAAACUUUUUCAGUAGCAGAUGUAGGAAAGAAAAGAAAAAUUGAGGAAGAACCUCGAUUAAAUAAUAAUAAAUUCAAGCAAAAGUCUGCCGAAGAUGAGAAAGAUAAACACGACAAAUUUAAGCAAAGGAAGUUGAUUACAAGUGAAGUUGAGGAAGGUUAUAGAUCGCGCAAUACAACUAGCGAAGGAGUCAAAAAAUUUUUGAAUAAAAUAUUCUCGAAAUGA